GUGAAUCCCAAUUCUUUUCCCUCUUAAGUUGUUUAUUAUUUUUUUUUCUUAGUAUAUAUUAUUAUUAUUAUUUAUUAAUAUCUUAUCUGUACCUGCUUUUAUAUAAUUUCACCCUUCUUCAUGUCUGCUAUUCCAAUAGUUGCACCCUCUGACGAUCCUCCUUCUAGUACACCGACUUCUCCUUCCACAACGACAACAAAAAAUGUUCCACCAAAGCCAGCUUCAAAAAGUAGUUCAGCUAAUGCCAAACGAUUGUGUCGCAAUGUUAUUAUUCACGGAUUCUGCAAGUUUGAAGAUAAAGGAUGUGAAUUCAACCACGACACGAACAAUAACAAAUCAGUAGCUCAACCAAGUCCUGAAAGUAAAACAAGUGUACGACUUGUUUCACCAGCUAGAGCAAAUACUCUUCCAACAUCUAUUGUGUCUUCAGUAUCAGCUGAUAGUGUCAAUGCUCCCGUAUUCGUUCCCAAAUCAGUUUCAGAUAACCCAGUACCACUACGGACAGGAACACCAAUGUCAGCUCCUGUGCAGCCAGAAACUCCUAUAGAGUCAUCUGAAUCCGAUGGACAUGUUCAAGAUCCAAAUAUUAUGCCAACAUUGACACAUAGUUUCUCUCAAUUCGAUUUGUCUCCAGCAAUACCUCCUAAUUUUCAACCACCAAUGCCUCAAGAUAUGAUGAAUAUGAUGCCUCCUGGUGCUGUAGAUCCUUACUUUUAUAUGAAUCAUGGAUAUCCAAGACAACCGUUACAAUAUCACUUGUAUACAUCAGCCUUACCACACGUUGCGAAUCUCCAUCCACAUCAAAGAUCGAUUCAAUCCUUUUUCAUUCCAGAUCAUUUACGCGAACAAUUAACCCGAAGAAAUGAAGCUAUUUUAGCAACACCUCCAGCUGGUCAUGACAAUCUUCCUCAAGAAGUACAUGUAUAUCAUUCUUUAUGUCCUUUAGAGGAUCAACCUGGUCAAUUCUUUGGUCAUCCAUCUUGGGUCUACAAGGCAACAUGUAGUGUUGAUGGUCGUACCUAUGCUCUUGUCCGCAUUGAAGGUUUUAGAUUAGUGAACGAAAUGGCUAUGUCUGUGAUAGAAAACUGGCGACAUACUCGACAUUGUAACAUUAUUUCUAUACGUGAAGCAUUUACAUCUCGAGCUUUUGGAGAUUCUUCAUUAAUCUUCACAUAUGAUUAUCAUCCUUGCUCUGUGACUCUGUAUAAUGCACAUUUCACUCCUCAAGCACAAGCUGCAUUACUUGCUCAAUUACAAGCCAUGGGAAGUAAUAAUGCUCUUAUGCCAGAAACAACACUAUGGAGUUAUAUUACACAAAUAUCAUCUGCUCUCAAAGCUGUACAUGGAUCAGGUUUGGCUUCUCGCAAUAUUGAACCUAAUAAAAUACUCUUGACUGGAAAAAAUAGACUUCGAAUCAGCUGUUCCGGUAUUAUGGAUGUUUUACAAUAUGAUGGAGGUCAAAAUGUGGCAAGAUAUCAACAAGAAGAUUUAUUAUCAUUUGGAAAACUGGUGAUUGCUUUGGCAUGCAAUUCUCUUCAAUCAGUACACAACCUUCCACAAUCAUUUGAAUUUAUAUCUCGAUAUUAUUCUCCUGAUCUCAAGAACUUGGUACUAUUUUUACUCAGCAAACCUCUACCUACAAAAACUAUAGAUGAAGCCAUUACCUUGAUUGGUCCUCGUAUACUUCAUGAAAUCAAUUGUAGUCAAUAUUAUUCAGAUGCUUUAGAAAGUGAACUUAGCAAGGAAUUAGAAAAUGGACGCCUGGUACGAUUAUUAUCAAAACUUGGUUUUAUCAAUGAACGACCAGAAUUUGAUAUGGAUCCUCGAUGGUCUGAGACUGGAGAUCGAUAUAUCAUCAAACUAUUUAGAGAUUAUGUGUUCCAUCAAGUAGAUGAAAAUGGUGUACCGGUAGUGGAUAUGGCUCAUGUAUUGACAUGUCUUAACAAGUUGGAUGCUGGUAUAGAUGAAAAGAUCAUGUUGAUGUCAAGAGAUGAACAAUCAUGUUUGAUUGUCAGUUACAAGGAAAUCAAGAACUGUAUCUCGGCAGCCUUCAACGAUAUUUCCUCUGGUAGAAAAUAGUAAGAUGAUGAUUUCUUUUUUUUUUUUAGAAUUAGUAUAGUCAUCCUACUUCCUCUCACUUUUUAUUUAUUUAUUCUUAUAAAAGAAAAAAAAAAAGUAAAAAAUAAUCAAUAAACUUUUUGAAAAAAGGUUAAAAAGG